AUGGACGGGGCGGCUCGGAGGGGGGCCCCGGCCGCCGCGCUGCUGCUGCUGCUGCUCCUGGCGGCGGCGGGCUGGCUGGGGCCGGGCGCCGGAGCCUCGCCGACCCCUCCCGGGGCCGCCCCCCAGGACACUUGCACGUCGUGCGGCUUCCGGCGGCCGGCCGAGGAGCCCGACGCCGUGGACGGCGAGUUCCUGGAGGCCGUCAAGAGGCACAUCCUGAACCGGCUGCAGAUGCGCGACCGGCCGAACAUCACGCACGCCGUCCCCAAGGCGGCCAUGGUCACGGCGCUGCGCAAGCUGCACGCGGGCAAGGUGCGCGACGACGGCCGCGUCGAGAUCCCGAGCCUGGACGGGCAGGCGAGCCCGGGGCCGCCCGCGCACGAGCAGAGCUCCGAGAUCAUCAGCUUCGCCGAGACAGAUGAUCUGACAUCCUCUAGAAUGCGUCUCUAUUUCUUCAUUUCCAAUGAAGGGAACCAGAAUUUGUUUGUGGCUCAAGCCAGUCUGUGGCUUUACUUGAAGCUGCUUCCGUAUGUCUUGGAGAAAGGCAGCCGACGAAAAGUAAGAGUCAAAGUGUAUUUCCAAGACCCGGACACUAGCAACAAGUGGAAUGUGGUUGAAAAGAAAGUUGAUCUCAAAAGAAGUGGUUGGCACACAUUUCCCAUGACAGAAGCAAUCCAGGCUCUGUUUGAGAGAGGGGAAAGAAGGCUGAACUUGGAUGUUCAGUGCGAAGGCUGUGAAGAGUAUUCAGUGCUGCCAAUUUACGUGGACCCUGGGGAUGAGUCUCACCGGCCCUUUUUGGUGGUGCAGGCCCGGUUGGCUGACAACAAGCACAGGAUCCGGAAAAGAGGCCUGGAGUGUGAUGGCAGGACCAAUUUAUGUUGCAGGCAACAGUUUUACAUUGACUUUAGACUCAUUGGGUGGAACGACUGGAUCAUAGCGCCAUUGGGUUACUAUGGGAAUUACUGUGAAGGGAGCUGCCCGGCCUAUUUGGCUGGCGUCCCGGGCUCAGCUUCCUCUUUUCACACUGCAGUCGUGAAUCAGUACCGCAUGCGAGGGCUGAACCCAGGCACUGUGAACUCCUGCUGCAUCCCAACCAAACUGAGCACAAUGUCCAUGCUGUACUUUGACGAUGAAUACAACAUCGUGAAGAGGGACGUUCCCAAUAUGAUUGUGGAAGAGUGUGGCUGCGCCUGA